AUGGGAGAAAUUGGCAACAACUUUGGAGGCUUCGACAGAGAGCUCACCAGCAGCAGAAUCCUACAAACAGCCAGUUGUGAUCUCUCCAUACAUGUAGACCAGGAUGCCAAACAAUUGCUAUUCUGCGUGAAUUUCAGAUAUAUCACUGAUGUGCUAACAGAUGAAGAAUCUUAUAAAAUACUCCAAAAUGGCCUGUUUGGGAAAAAGGAAAGGGAGCUUCUGGUUGCUGGCUUUGAGGGAUACUCUGGAACUGCCUUGAGACAAGGCUGGACAAUGUUCAAAGUAAAGGUGGGUGUAGAUCUGCAGGAUGUUAUUUGCAGAUGCAGAUUUAUACAAGAAAUGAUUGGCCCAGACAAAAUAAUGGUGAAUAUCACUUUUUUGGAUGCAAACCAAUGAUGGGGAAUAAAGGGAGCAAUAGAUUAGGUCACUAAAUCAGCUGAGUUCAAACCCUUGUGGAUUAAAAAGCCAGCUUUUCCAGAUGAGGAUAUGUGUGUUCAGAUGGGACAUGCAACCAUUUCAGUGGUCUUAGCACUGUUAGGAAUUGGUGUGACAACCAGAGAACACUGCCACAACAGAGUGGUAUUUAAACAGCUUCUACAAGCUAAGGCCUUGAGUUAUCUCCAAAUCGACAGCUGCAGGUUGGGAAGUGUGAAUGAAAACUUGUCUGUGCGGCUGAUGGCCAGAAAGUUCCAGGGUAAGGCUCUGCAAAAUGCAUUUGGAACUGGGUGUCUCUGUGAAUUAGUCCAGCACUUGCUAAUAUGAGAUUAUAUGCCAGUAUCUGAAAGCCUUGAAAGCAGAUUAGUUAUACAAAAAACCCCAGUAGCAAUUGACUGUGGUGAUCGUUCUUAA